CGACGCGGGUUCUGGGUCUGCCGAAGGCGUGGCUGUCAGGCGCCGUGGUGUUGAAGAUUGCCUUGGCACUGAUCCCUGUAUUCGCCGCGGAAGAGAGCCGUUGGCCCUUGCAGCUACCAAGCUUCAAUGUCCGCGCUUUGAACAAUCCCUCUGCUAUCCUCAACUCCCACGGCGAACUCAACCACGCACGAAGCCUUGCGACCUCGACCACGUACACAGCUCACCAACAGGAUCUUACUCGCUCGCACACAUCCACUAGCAUCUGUAUCGCAACACACAGCCGAACCGGGACAUCUACUUUAUCCGUGAUCUGCGCUACCACUAUCGCGCAUCGGAACACAGCCUUCACUUUCAGAACCUCUGGUGAUGGUAUCGACCACAAGCAGCGCAAUGCCGCCGCAGCGCGAGCCCCCGAGACCACCACCACCGGCCGUCAUCGAGGCUGAGAUGCAAUGGAUCUUCACAGAAGAAGAAUUACUUUUGGCGCCGUCCAUAAUCGAUGGAAUGCCCGCUGAAGAGGAGCGCACACUACGGCGGAAGGGCGUCGGCUUCAUAUUACAAGUGGGCAUGAUGCUCAAGUUACCGCAAACCACUCUCAGUACAGCGGCAGUCUUUUUCAAUCGCUAUCUCAUGCGAAUGAGCUUGAAGCCACGGCCCGGGUACAAGCCACUCCAUCACUAUCAAAUCGCCGCAACGGCGCUAUUCCUCGCAACGAAAGUCGAAGAAAACUGCCGCAAAAUGAAAGAACUCGUCGUCUCAUGCGUUCGAGUCGCGCUCAAAGACCCCAACAAGCUCGUCGACGAGCAGACAAAAGACUUCUGGAAAUGGCGGGACACUAUCCUGUACAGCGAAGACGUCUUACUCGAGGCUCUAUGUUUCGAUCUUAACGUGGAAUCACCAUACAAGACCAUGUACGACAUGAUGAAGUACUACGGCGUCGAGCACAACAAGAAACUGCGCAACUCGGCCUGGGCUUUCCUCUCCGACUCGACAUCCACACAGAUGUGUCUACUGUUCACAUCGCGGGCCAUCGCCGCGGCAUCUUUGUACGCUGGCGCGCGCAUGGCCGAGGUAGAGCUAGGCGACGAUGAUGGCAAGCCUUGGUGGGAAAUACAACAUGUCCAACUGCGCGACAUUAGAAGGGCAUGUAACCUCAUGGCAGAUCUCUAUGAGAAGUCGCCAGACAAAGAUGGGGAGCCGUCCAUGUACGCGGGGCUCAGGACGCCAGAGGACGGUAUCGAUUUUGGCGAUACACCCGAGGGUAUGGAAGGCGUACAAUCGACAAGUCAAAGCCAGCCGCCUGCAAAUGGUACCGGUGAUGGUAAUGUGACAGAAAGAGGCAGCGAAGAGGGUGAACUAGAUGGUUAGAAGCCCCCCUUUGAGUGGUUGACACCUAGUCUACUGGUGAUGGAUGAGAACGGCAAGGAAGACCUUGGAAAGCUCAAAUUGAGCCGUCUUGAAUUCCGGGGAACCAUGCGCUACCUCAGGAUGAUGCGACAGAGAGAAGAGCAGCUCCGCAUUAGGCGGGCUUGCAGUAUUGCCUUUCUAAAUGAUUGAGUAAAUGGACCAGGCGUUUUGGAAUGGAGGACUGAUGGAUGGAUGGAAAGAUACCACUAACCCGCAUUACACCCUAUUAUUGCUAUGCGCGUAGUCACUUGAAUACUAUUGAUGAUCAAAC